AAAAUACAUAGUAGCAGAGCAGUAAUGUGUCAAGAAAGCAAGUGUUUCUGUCUAUUUAGAGGGCGUGAAGAUUUUAAUUGGAGUUUUUGCUUUCAGAAGUGCCGCAGGGCCCCACACAGCACAUGGUUGUGAUGUGGGCCUGGCACAGGACAAACCAAACCCAGAGCUAACUCACUGUCAGCACCUCUCCUUGAGAGCAGUAGUCCUACAGCUUUCCAUGAGAAGGGAUGAGUCUUCUACCCAGCAAACUGAUAACCAUGUCUCAUUUUCAGUUAAUGAGGUUAAAGCUCAGGCUUGGAGGUAUCACUGUGAGCUACAGUACAGUAUGCACUGCAUUGAAGUACAUACAUGGGAUAUAAGGCUGAAGUAGUCGUAACCUCCUGUAUUGUAAUGGUGUGUUUCCAUUUUGCCCUGUCUCCCCCAAGAGGGGCACCACAGGAAUUGGAAGUUCACAGCGUUAUCUGAUUGCUUUACCUCCACUGCACCUGUAGGUAUCCUCCUUGUGCGUGACUUUCCCACCUGACAGAAGUGUUUUAGGAUGCAAUCAGUUUAAAUGCUAAACCAUCAGAUGAAAUAUGCUGUGAAUAGUAAGGGGUAAAAUACACAUUCAGAAGCAGACUACCACAAAAUAGUACUAAGGUGAACUCUCAAGAGCUCUUUUAAAAAGUCUAUAACCCUUUCUUUCAUCUUUCUCAGCAAUUAAUGUGCUAAGACCACACACGAGCUGCCUUUGGAGAAAUAUAUCACAAGAAAAGAGGUAUCUUGGGCACUUCAGCACCAUUGCAUCCACUAGUUUCGACACACAGAGAUGUCCUGGACACUCAGUGAAAGUGACGCUCUUUCUAUUCUUGAACUGAAUUUCACAGGAUUACAUUUUAUUUUCAGAAGUUGGGUAACAAAAGUAAUGCUGAACUAUUUGCGUGGGUUUUCAAGAAGAUUAAUUACAGGGUACUUUUCUCCUCAGAGGAAAAUACAAAUUAUAAAAUGCCUGCAAUGCUGUUCUCAAGCAUAGUAAUUAGAUGCUAACUAGGUUUAAUGGAAACUAGAUAUUUAAAUGAUCUAAUUAUUACAAUGGUAUAGCUUCUUUACAUUAUUUUAUUGAAGAAAACUGCAUUUCAGACUAUUUGACUGAACUAAUGUCACUAGGAGGGAAUUCCUUGUCAGCAGAUAUCAGCUCCAAGAAACUGUACAGGCAUGAGUUUUCUCUCUAAAACGCAUAGAUAUUUUUGAAGUCAUUCCCUUUUCUUCUAUAUGUACAGAACACUCAAGUAAGUAAAGCUUUUGUAUUAAAUACGAAGGCAGUUGUUUCUGUCAAUUUCUUCAUGUACUUUUCAUGAAUCUCUUGCAUUUGCUACUAUGAUGGUAUUAUAUUUACAUGCCAACACUGACACAUGGAGUAGAUUUUCCAAAGGUACUUUUAAAAUCAAACAAGAAAGCUUCAGUAAGGAUAGUUUCCCAAAUUAAGAUUAUAUAAUUGCUAACUAGAUCUCAGUCUUCCUCUCUAACUUGGUUUAUCUAUGUUUUCUUCUGCUUUAUCACCAUCUUAUUUGCACCUCCUCAAACUCCAGAUAAGCCUCCAUGCUCAGGCUCUUUCCCAUUUCCCUGCUUAAUGCCAAAGAUACCGUGACCAACAGCUGCUGCAAGAAAAUGCAUCUCUGGGACAAGCGCACCAAGGCUCCUGCUUAUGGAGAGCCACUGCUGUGCAAAGAGAAGCACUGCUUGUUUUUAUUCCAAUAAAAAGGUGUCAGCUUUCCACCAGGCCUGCAGCACAGCCCAGUCCUUGGGCAAAACCUGCACCUGGGGCAGGCUGCUAGUGAAUGGAUAAACUCCAGUGCAGCUCCACCACCUACUGUGUCUUGUCUGUGUCUUCACCCCGCUGCUGUCCCAUCAGAUCCAGUCAAGAGCUGCCAUUCCUGCAGGCUGCUGGGUGCUCCAUGCUCCCUCAUGCUCCCUGUAGCUAGUCAGGCACAGCCACAUCCCAGCCAAGCCAUGAGCAUGAAAUCAGCUGAUGUGUACCAGACACCAUGAGAUGUCUCAUGAGGCAUCCUUGGGAGCACAUUUAUUACCUUAUUCUCACAAAACAGGGGCGCUCAAAUUCCACAAACACUAAUUCACAGAAUCACAGAAUCACAGAAUCACCCGGGUUGGAAGGGACCCCAAGGAUCAUGUAGUUCCAACCCCCCUGCCUAGCAGGGCCACCAAACAUACACAUUCAGAUCAGGUUGCCCAGGACCCCGUCCAACCUGGCCUUGAACACGCCCAAGGAUGGGGCAUCCAUAACCUCCCUGGGCAGCCCGUUCCAGGGCCUAACCACUCUCCUUGUAAAGAACUUCCCCCUAACAUCCAACCUAAAUCUUCCCUCCUUCAACUUGGAUCCAUUUCCCCUAGUCCUGCUGUUGUCAGCCCUUUUGAAGAGUUUACUCCCCUCCUGCGUGUAGGUUCCUUUCAGGUAUUGAUAGGCUGCAAUGAGGUCACCCCGCAGCCUUCUCUUCUCCAGGCUGAACAAGCCCAACUCCCUCAGCCUGUCCUCAUAGGGGAGGUGCUCCAGCCCCCUGAUCAUCUUAGUCGCCCUCCUCUGGACCCUUUCCAAAAUCUCAAUGUCUUUCUUGUACUGAGGGCUCCACACCUGGACACAGUACUCCAGAUGGGGCCUCACAAGAGCUGAAUAGAGAGGGACAAUCACCUCCCUGUCCCUGCUGGCCACCCCUCUCCUGAUGGAGCCCAGGAUCCCAUUUGCCUUUCGAGCUGCCAGAGCGCACUGCUGGCUCAUGUUCAGUCUCUCGUCCAUCAGGACCCCCAGGUCCUUCUCUGCCGAGCUGCUCUCAAGGACUGCUCCUCCCAGCCUGUACAGGUGCCUGGGGUUCUUCCGGCCCAAAUGCAAAACUUUGCACUUUGCCGUGUUGAAUCUCAUCAGGUUCACCCGAGCCCAGCUUUCCAGCCUGUUGAGGUCCCUCUGAAUGGCAUCCCUUCCUUCCACCAUAUCAACUGCACCACUCAGCUUGGUGUAAUUAUGAAGUUAUUUUUUUUUUUUUUUAACUAAUUACAAAUGGGUGGUUUAUAUCCAUAGGGCUCUAUGCACCAGUACUGAGUCCCAUCUCUUGCUGUCCACACAGCCCUAUAACAGUACUGCCCUCACAGAAGCAGCUUUGCACUAUGUUUGCAUGGCCUCAGGACUGGGGUGUGUCACGCCUGCUCUGCUAGAGCUCAUCUCCACCUGCUCAAAUGUUGUUUGGCUUGGUACAACUGUGACAGCAAUUGCUUCAAUACGUCAGGUGUCAGUAUUUGAUUUGCUCAACGUUUGUUUAUCUUUGUGGUGUAAAACUGUAAUUUGUCAGGGAGAGCAGCAAGCAGCUGCUCCAGGUAGCACAAGCCAUUGCGGACAAACUAAUACAAUGGCAGCAUGGAGCAACACAGGGCUGGUUGGAUAGCAGAGCCCUCAGGAAGUGGAGGCAGAGGAUGUAGCAUAGAGGAGGGCAAGCAAAGGACCAAGUUACGUGAAUGUUAUGUGUAUAAACAACACUGCUAUAAUAGAAGCUUAAGGCACGGGGCAAAACCGUGCAUAUAUUCAUCAGCAAAGGCAGGAGGGGGAAUGACCCCGAGAUCCCGCUUAUGUACGAUAACCAGGUCAAGCUAUACUAACUUGAAAUACUCUCCUUAUCGUAGAUGGCUUUACAUUUGAGCAAAGUCAAUGCUUUGAGCUGUUAGCAGCUGUUGCCAUGGGCUCCAGAACACAAUUUAGUACAUGGCACAAAGCCAAGAUGAAAACAGAGCAGAGGGAUUCAUGAGUUUCUAUUCUCCGUCUGGCAGCCUUUGCUGCUCCUUGCAGAUUCAGAGAGAAAGCUUGCUUUCACUUCCUCUUUCUCUCACAAUCACGUGAGAGCUGGGGAAACAGAAAACAAACACAAACAAAGCACUGAACCAGAAAUGGAGGGCAGAGCACAGCUAAAGCUCUGGGAAACUCGAGUGCAAGGUACAGGGGGAAAAAGGGGUGGGUGAACACAGAGCACAUAAGAAAGGAAGAAAAGGGCUGAAAGGAGAAUAGAUGAAGGAAGGGAUUGCCUUCACAGAUCCAACUAGUGGUAUCACUCAUGACAUGCCAGCUUAGUUCUACAGCACUGUAGCUUGGUAUAAUAGAUGGUGGAUCUUAGGAAACAUGAACACUGUUAUUAAGGUACACGUUUUGGUCUACAACAAGCAUCAUAAGGUGUAACAGUGUCAGUCACUCGUACAGCAACAAGAUGAUUGAACUGCCAGUGCCCAGGUAGCCAGCACACUUGUUCCAAGGAGAGUGCACCUCACACCUCUCAGAUCUCCCUCAAUGGCUCUUUCAUAAUACAGGCCAAAAUGAUCAGGAACCUAACAGUGUGCUCAGUCUCACCUGUGGUUAACCAAUGUCUGUUGAUCAAAUGUAGGUAAAUUUGUCCUAGUUUUCUAGCUGCCAGCUUUUCCUCUUACAAAGCUGGCCCUACCUAGGGAAAAGGGAAGGAGGUAGAAGAACAGAAGGAUGAGGAAUCAGUGCUCAUAGAAGCAACAAUAAAGAUGAAGCCAGAGACCAGUGAUAACCUACAGUGUUGAUCUUGGCUGUGGUGGAAAAAUGGCACAUUAGGUGACCCCACUACCAUUCACAAUCCUGAGUUUCUUGUAUUGGUAUUGUUUCCCUCCAGAUCCUCCUGAAGGUGGCAGAGAAGUACUCAGGGCCCGGCUCAUGAAGGUUCCUGAGGCCCUACUUGCACAUCACUGGUCCCCACCAUGCUCUGUCACCUGAGCCCUUUGCCUCUUUCCUGCCUCUCUUUUCCUGCAGAAACAAGGAGAAACAGUAAGAAAAAGGUGAGCUUGAAAUUUUGCUGAAUCAGACUCCAUCUUCAUCAUAGUGAGGCGCAGCGAUGCAAGAAAUCAGUGUCUUGUGCUCUCUCUUCUGUGUGCUCUGGAGGAUUGCACUGGUCUGUUACCACCCAGGGGAAUGUUUGUGCAAGCAUGGAUUUGCAGUGCUCAACCUACGUCUAGUGGAUGAGGAGGAAUGCUGCUGGACAAGGCACUAAUGGAGACAACUUGGUCAAUUCUAAAAUGUCAGAAGACAAGCAGGCAGGGCAGAAGGUCCAGGGAUCUUCUUGUAGAGCUUAGAGAGAAAAAGAAAAAUGUAUGGCCACUGGACAUGAGUUCAGGCAAAAGGGGAAGAUUACAGAGAUUCUGUUUGCCACAGCAAGGAUAAAAUGAUUGUUGUCAAAUUUCAGUCAAAAUUAAAGCUGUAGAGGAACAACAAAAGGGCUUCUUCAGAUACAUUUGCAGCAAACAGGACCAGAGAUAAUGUUUUAUCACUUGAUGAAGACAGUCGCCUCAGAAACAGGGUUGCAGGCAAAGCAGCGAUGUUUAAUGCCUUCUAUGCCUCUGUCUUGGACACUGAUGGGGCCUGGGACCAACAGAACCCUGAGCUGGAAGACCAUGAUUGUGUGAAUGAUAAACUCCCAGCCAAAAACAAUUGCGUAUUGAACUUGCUGCUUCAGAUGCACGCAUAUACAUCUAUGGGGCCUGAUGGGAUUCAUCCCAUGGAACUCAAAAAGCUGACUGAUGUUAUCAUGAGAACUCUAUUAUUUUUCAGCAGUCUUGUGAAUAUGGAUUGGUUCCAGUUGAACAGAAACUAGUAAAUGUUGUCCCAGUUUUCAAGAAAUAAGACCCUUGUAAUUACAGGCCACCAGUCUCACUCAGUGCUUCAUAAAAUUAAGGAGUUAUUAUUGGACUUACUGAAAAACACCUGAAAGACAAUACUGUUGUGGGUCACGGCAAACACAGGCUAUUGGGGGGAAAGCUGCUUAACAAACGUAAUCUCUUUUUACAACAAGGUUAGCCACAUACUUGACGAAGGGAAGCCAGUUAUGUAGUAUUUCAGAAAUCUCAGCAAAGCUUUCAGUACAGUUUCUCUCAUUCUGGUCAGAACAUCCAGCAUACAGCUAGACAAAAACAUAAAGUGAUGGGUGAAGAAUUGGCUGAUGGAUUGAGUUCAAAAUGUCUUAGUAAUUGGGGUUACAUCAGGCUGGUGGCCAGCCACUUGUGGGGUUCAUUUCAGUGGACAGAUCAUAGAAAAUAAGACAUAAAACUUUCAGACAAUGCUAGAAGGAGGGCUAUAGAAACGGUAAAGGAUCUGGAGAGUAAAGUGAAUAAGGAGUAUCCAAGAUCUCUUGGCUUGUUGAGUCCAGAGCAGAAGAGGCAGAAGGGAGCCUUCAGCCUACAGCUCAAGAGGAGCAGAGGGGCAGCACUGAGCUCUGCUCUCUGGUGACAGUGACAGGAUCUGAGGGAAUGGCAUGGAGCUGUGUCAGGGGAGGGUCAGGUGUGUGUUGGGAAAAGGCUCUUCUCUAGAAGGCAGUGAGCAUGGAACAGGCUCCCCAUGGCACUGGACAUGGCCCCAAGCUGCUGGAGUUCAAGAUGUUUGGACUCCCAUACAUGCAAUUGUCAUAAUAUAUAUAGAAUGUAUUCACCAUAUAAUAGCAAAGACAAUUUUGUUUUUCACAAGAUAAAGUAUCCAAGCUGGUAGGAAUAUAUAUAUUUUUUCUCAGAAGGGGGUUAUUUUUUAACAGAAAGUGCUUUACUUUUCCAACACCACUGUCACACCAUUAUUCAAGGUACAGUUUACUAAAUGUCUCCCUUCCUCUCCAAAACUGAUUUGAUGAAGUAUUCUCUCUUAAGUAUAACCAAUUUCAAAAGAAUGAUGAUUUUCCCAUAUCAAAGCUCCUGGAACAGAAGCAAAUGAAAUUUCAGCUUUCCCAAUUCACUGUAUCUGACUGCUCUUUAGGAAGCCCUGGCAGCAUCCAGCUUCUGUCCAGCUGUCUUGUCCCACUCAGUAGGUUUCAAAAGAGUGGGUUUCUUUAUCCUCAGUCACACCUCCUCACAUCAGCAGGGAUCAGCAGGGAUGACAAACGUCCAUCCUCUGCCUUUCAUCCCCAGUAGUUGAGUCUGUUCUUUCGGAAUGACUUUCUGGCUUUGGGGAACUUCACUGGAUACAAUAGUAUCAUCUCCCAGUCUCGUGUAUCAAGCUGGAAACAUUUGUUUCCAGGCCGAGUCCCCAGACAGAAAACACUCUUGGACCCUCCCGUUCGAAGGUAAACAGCUCUAAAGAAACACUUUUGAAUGUAAAACUGUCCACAAAGUAUUUCAAUCCUCUCACACUUAUUUGAGACAAUCCAUGCCUUACUGGUCCCAGGCACCAGCAAACACCCAGCUGCCGCUGACAGAGCAGCCAGUCAGCCACGGGCUGCACUGGCUGGGCAGUUCUCAGUGCUAGCCAUUUGGAGUUAAGUUCAGACACUGAGCUGCUAGCAGCUGUUACCAUGGGCUCCACAGCACAAGUCAAUGUGUGGCAUAAAGCCAAAAUGGAAAAAGCAGAGUGACUCAUAAGUUUCUAUUUCCCAGCCGGCUGCCUUACAGCUCCUCCCAGACUCAUGAAGCUUGCUUUCACUUUCUGAUUCCCAGUAUCAUACACAUCAAUCACGUGCACACUAGAGCACAUAAAAGGCAACUCACAACUGCAGGAAGAAGCUGUUGGGCUUCAAAGCUACCGGCAAACAGGCAGAGAAAGGAAAAGAAAGAAGGAAGGCAAAUCAUGAGCACUAUUUCUAAGAAUUCCUUGAAGAUCUCCCUUCUGCAGCUAGAAUGUCAUUUUACAUGGACUUUGCUGAAGGAGGAUAUAGAUCUUGCCAGCCUGGAAGAAUCAAUAUAUGAUCAGAUUGAGUUUUUCAUAAAUCCCAACGUUUCAAAUUACAAUCUACUAUCUUACAUAUACCACCUACAGCUCUCAGAUGAAGCAGCUCUAGAAUAUCUCCAAAAAGCUGAAGAAGAAGUUAAAAAAUAUUAUCCAGAUGAAAUUGACAGGAGAAGUCUUAUUACCUGGGGAAACUACGCUUGGAUCUACUACCACAUGGGUAGAUAUGAGGAAGCUCAAAAAUAUAUAAAUAAAGUUGAAAACAGUUGCAAAAAACUUUCAAAUACCGCUCAGCUGAAGAUUCAGCUUCCAGAGAUCUAUGCUGAGCAAGGAUUUGCGCUAUUAAAAUUUGGAGGAAAGUACUAUAACAGAGCAAAAGAGUGCUUUGAAAAUGCUCUGAGGGAGGAACCCAACAACCCAGAAUUUAAUGCCGGCUAUGCAAUAGCAAUGUAUCGUUUGGAAGAAUUUUCUUACAGAAGAUGUGAAGAAGUGAACUCAUCUCUGGAGCCUCUGAAGCGUGCACUGGAACUGAAUCCAAUGGACACAUACCUUUUGGCAUUACUUGCUUUGAAACUUCAGGACUCAAAUCAAGUUGAUGAAGCAGAGAGAUGCAUUGAAGAAGGAAUGCAGAAAACUCCUGAUCUUCCCUAUUUCCUGAGGUAUGCUGCUAAAUUUUACAGAAGGAAAAAAGAACUGGACAAGGCACAGCAACUUUUGGAGAGAGCCCUGGAAAUAUCACCAAAAUCUACCUUUUUGCUUCAUCAGCUAGGACUCUGCUACAGAACAAAGCUGUUUGAGUUGAAAAACAGUACAAGAUAUCCACCUCAAGAUCAAAUAGAAGAACUCAUUCAAAUUUGCAUUUCUCAUUUCAAAGCAGUGGCUGAACAAAAGCCAAAAUUUUUUAGUGCCUUAAUUGAUUUGGCAAGGAUGUAUGCAGAGGCAAAUAUGUAUCGAGAAGCAGAAGAGACAUUUCAGAGAGCACUGAAGAUAAAUAUUCUGACUUGCUCUGAUAAACAAGAAAUAUGCUACUAUUAUGGAAGUUUUCUGCAAUAUAAAAAGAAAUCAGAAUCUGAAGCAAUUAAAUAUUACAAAGAAGGGUUAAAAAAUGGUAAUCAUUGUUUUGCAAAAAAGAUCAAAAAAUACUUGAAGAGACUGUUGGAAAGGAGAAUUCAAGGAGGGUUAGGAAGUGAAGAAGAUUUCAGUACACUUGGACACAUUCAUAAACUAGAUGGUGAGAAGCUUGAAGCAAUUGAAUGUUAUGAGAAAGCCAAUGAAUACAAUCCUGACAAUGAAGAAUAUCUGAGUGCAUUAUGUGAGCUACGACUUUCCCUCUCAAGCUGAAGCACUCCCAAAUCCCUUUCAACAACAACAAAAGCACAUUUAAAGAGAAAAUAUAAAUGCAUUUGUUCAUUUUUAAGGCUAGGGUUAUAACCAGUUGAAAAAUCCGGUGGCAUCACUCCUCUAUGAUGAUGCAGAAUCUGCAGAUGAUAACCAGACGAUGAUUGUGCAUUUGCUUGCCUGUUCAUUGCCAAAAAGCAUGCUACCUUAGGCUGCCAUGCUAAUACUGGUAUGAAAGUUGUCUAUGAGUACCUGCAGGACAUAAAGCUCCUUAGCUGGAAAACAGUUCUCACUUUCUAUUGAGGAAAGAGAACCAUAAUAUUAUAACAUUUAACCUAUCCGCUUGAAAGGCAUGCUGAUACUAACAUGGUCAUUUCUGUUGUUUUUUCAAAUAUCAAGUGUCAUUUAGGAAAAAAAACUGUGUUGACUUGUUCAGUUUGUUACCUUGUGUGUUGUUUAACAAUAAAAACAACCACUGUUUGUCUGUUUGGUUCACUGGGAAACAUGGGUUUAUAUUAAGGCACUUUAAUACAUAAGAUGUGGGAAAAGUAAAAGAAAACCAAGAAAAACAAGUGAUGCAAAAAGCGCUUGCUUACCACCAGCUGACUGAUGUCCAGCUAGGCCCUGAACAACAGCAGCCCUGGCAAAGUCCAUCCUCAAUUCACCCUUUCCAGUUUUUAUUGCUGAGCACAAUGUUACACAGUAUGGACGCAUCCCUUAGGUCAGAUUGCAUCAGCUGUCCUAGCUGUGAUCCUUCCCAGGCUGUCAGGCAUCCUCAGCAAGCCCUCAGAUCUUCAGCAGGCUUUUUGCUGGGAGCAAACAUCACUGAGACAACUUCAGGUCCUGGAGCCCUUGGUUGUGCUCCCCAUCAGGCUGUCUCACUGAGACAGGGCAGGGGAAGGCAUCAGCAACAUGGGAAAAGCAGCCUCUGUGCUAAACAACGUCAGCUGUGCAAUGACUAAGAGCAAUACUUUGUGCUGUAGUCUUUGGCUUUUUUGUUUAUUUGUUUUUUGUUUUUGUUUUUAGCUGUAGCCCUGCUAAGUGCCAUUCGAAGGGUGGCCUCCUGCAGGGUUGUUGCAGCUGCUGGCCCUCAUCUUUGGAGGACAACACAGCUCUGAGCAAGCAGUCCCUGCCCUGGCCAGGAGUAGAGGAACUUGCUGCCUCCCCUUCCCAGGCUCCUCAGGGGGCUCCUGCUGUGCUGCAGGGAUGGCAUCACAAAUGGCAUGUCUGGGGCCUCUGCAAAGAAUGGUGUCCAAUGUACUUGGAAGUUCAUCAAGAUGCAGUCUGAAGGGCUGCUGAAGGUCCCUGUCCAGCCAUGGGGCUGUCCUCCUACUUCAUAACAGUGCAGCAUCCUGUCAGGCCAGCAGCCUAGGGGCCUCUUCGGUGCAGAACUGCACAAUGAUGGCACACACAAGUCAUGCGUGGUGCUCUAGGUUGGGCUCCAGCACAUGGGUAAGGGCCUCCUCAUCCACUCCAUACAGGCUGAGAGUGGAGAUUAUUAGGCUCUCUGCUACAACUGACUUCCACCACCUGGCCUCAUACAUAGCUCUUCUACAGCUCCCAUUGCAGCCGGGGCAGAAUGGGCUCAAAGAUGAUAUGGUGCUCCUGGAAAAGGGCUGCCCAUACGUCAGGAUAGGGGCUGCCCAGGGCCUUGGCUGCAAACAGCACUGGUUGUGGAGCAGAUGGUGGAGAUGCCACAGGGCCAUAAAGGCUGUUAGCAUCUGAGUGUCUCAAAGUUCUUUAUGCACUGCUGGCAGUGCUAAAAAUUAUCAGCUAUAAAGCCAAUUAGAAAUCAUAUUCUGCACUUACUUGCACUGAGUUCUGUUAUGCUGCACAAAACGCAGCAUUACUGCAGGCAGGAUUCAUUUGCAGUAGGAUCCAUCUGUUUCUGUCUUGGGCAGAUGUUGCCCCAGCCAAGCUCUGGGCAGCCAGAGAGGUUCAGCAAUGCAGUGCUCCAUCCAAGGUUAUAUCCUCCACUGGUGCUCAAUAGGGCUGGUGGGAAUGCAGCGUUAUUCUGUUCACAACUUGCCCAAUAUCUGCGUAUUGCCGCAUUGCGCCCUGCCAUUGUACCCUGUAUGAGAACAGCAUGAAUAGCAUCAUUUCUGAAAAAAAGAAAAAAAAAAAGAAAAAAAGAAAGAAAAAAAUGUUGCAGAUAUAUUACUGAUUUUUAAAAGUAUUAUAAUCCAUUUCACAUGUCAGAAUGGAGAAGUUCAUUUCUGUUUCUGCAGAGCAAAGAGUAGAAGCUUGUCGUGAGGAUUUGCAAACUUGGGUUGUAUUCUUAGUUAUUCUACUUCCAUUUCUUUGCCUCAUCCCUUCUGAGUUUCUUAGAUGGAGAAUUUCACCACAGGGCUGAUAUUUUAUACUUAGUUUUACGCACAGAAAGCAUCAUUCUGGUACCUAUGCCUUUAGGUCAAAGCAGAAACAGCGCUAGAAACCCUGAAAUGAUUCUACCAUUUUCUACAAAAAAUGUCUGCGUAUAAAACAAAUGGGAUGUUUUCUGCUGAAUUGAUAUUUAAAACAAUAAAUAUUGCCUUGUUUAUGAAUGAAUGUUCAUGUUUAUAAACAGGAAACCCUAUGAAAAAAUAUCUUGAAAUUGUUUAAUACAAUCCCCGUAUGCUAAUAAUUUGUUACCAAAUUUGUAUUAUUUACCCAUAUCAAAAUGUGAUAGCACUAUUCCAACAAGCUUUUAUAACAUGCAGUUAUGGCACCAACAACUGUUGACAUAUCAUGAUGUGGUAAAGAAAACCAAACAACUAAAUUUUUGUAAAACGAGUGUUUGAUCACUUAUAAAUUGCUGAAAUAAUCUCUUAUAGACCACACUACUCCCUAUUUUUUUAAUACAAAACAUUUGUAGUGGAAUCUAAAACAAUAUUUUCAUCACUACUAACACACAUAACAUCUUUCUUCCAAGUGUGCACAUUGUGUCCAACUCACAAAAUACUGUUUUUUUUGUUUUUGUUUUUUUUUUCUCUUUUUAUCAACGUACACUAAAAUGAAACAUAGGACCUCAAACUCAUUUGCCACACAGAACUGAAGAAAGGCUGUGC